AUGGGGAAGUACGCGACAGAGAUAAGGGAUUCGACGCAGCACGAGAUGAGGGUGUGGCUUGGGACGUUCAAGACGGCAAAGGCGGCGGCGAUGGCGUACGACCAGGCAGCGCUGUCCUUCCAAGGAGCCAAGGUCGUCCUUAACUUCCUCAUCGACGAGGUCAGCAGAUCCCUUCGGGAGAUAGGCUGCAACAACAACAUAUUCGAGGAAUAUUCGUCCCCUGCUCAAGCGCUUCGAUCCGAACUAUUGUCACCGGCCGGUCGUCUGAUCGAUUUGUGUGUUCCGGUGGGUGCAAUAUUGCAAGGCGCCCAGACGCGGUGA